AUGACAACGAAGGCGAAUCGGUCGCCAAGCCAAACAACUGGAGGUGGAGGCGGUAAUCCUACCGGCUCGCAGCCGGAUUUAAGCAAACUACCAUCAGAUAAUCUCGUCAACGUACAAAAUUCUUUGCGGAAACGUAAACAACCCAACUUUGAAGAAGAAAUAAAAAAUGACCUCUCAGAAUUUCAUCAGGACCUUAAGAAGCUCAUGGAUAUGUGCCGAUCUCAUAAAAGUGACUUAUUAGAAAUGAAGUCAGAUGUUUCUGACAUUAAGGACCAGCUGGCUAACAUAAAAUCGACCACCGAGAAUAUCAUCACAGAGCAUAAUCAAAUCAAAGCCGAUGUAGCCGAAAUCAAGGAGUCAUUAGACUUUCACUCCAAAAGGCAGGACGCCCUUAAUACCCGUGUUGUAUCAAUUGAGCUGAGUGUUAAAAAAAUGGACGUGUUAGACCAAGAGGUAUCGCUACUAAAAAAAUCGCAUGAAGAGUUUCAACUAGAGCAUUACAUACUACAGCAGCGUGAUCGCCUACUUAACUUGGAAAUCGUCGGCAUUCCAGAAAACAAAAAUGAGAAUUUGUCAACCUGCGUCAUCAAUAUUUGCAAGGCCGCCGGCGUGGAUGUUAUCGCCGAGAACAUAGUCCACGUAAACCGUGUGCAACCCCGAACGGAAGUAACGGGCAGGCCGAGAAACAUCGUAGUACAACUGAGCUCCCUCCUCGUCAAGGACAGUAUCAUCGCUGCUAUUCGCAAAAAAAAAGGAAUUACUACUACAGACAUCGGUUUGCCAGGAGAACCCCUUAAGAUUUAUAUAAACGAGCACCUGAUUCCGUUUUAUAAGCAGUUACGCAAAGAUGCUAAAAAUGCCGCUGACGCAGCAAAUUAUAAGUACGUGUGGGUACGGAACUGCAAGAUAUUUGUGAGGAAAUCAGAUAAGUCACCUAUUAUUUACGUGAGAGACGCCAGUGAUCUAAAAAAAAUCCGCUGA